CUUACAUAAACGAAAGUACACUAAACUGAAAUUGUGAACCUUUUGACAGACAUUUUAGUGUCUUCUUACUCAGAAAAUUAUAACUUUAAAAAGGAGGAUGAUGUUUUUCUGUGUGACUCUCCUGAUUCUCUUCAGCUUCAUGAAAUUUCAAUCAGAAAGCACAGAGCGAUUAAAUGUCAUUGGUCCAGAUGUUCCCCUUGUUGCUGUGGCUGGUGAAGAUCUGGUUCUGCCCUGUUUUAUCAAACCCAUUACCAGCGCUGUGCACAUGAAAGUGGAGUGGUUGAGACUAGAGAGAGGGGUUUUAUUAGUGCAUAUGUAUGAGGAUCUUGAAGACAGAAAUGAAAAGCAGGCUCAGUCCUUCAAAGGAAGAACAUCACUGUUCAAAGAGGAGCUACAGAAAGGCAACGCUUCACUCAAACUCUCAGCUCUCCAAGUCUCUGAUGAAGGAGAUUACAAGUGUCUUAUUGAGGACAAAUCCUGGUAUGAUGACAUCACUGUUCACGUAACUGUUGAGGUUCUGGGAAGCCACCCAGUGAUCACGAUGGAGAGUUAUGAUCACUCAGGAGGGAUUAAUCUAGUGUGUGAGUCCAGAGGCUGGAAACCUGAACCUGCGGUUCUGUGGAUGAACAGAGAAGGAGACACUCUGCCUGCUGAAGAUACACAGAUACACAGAGACACUGAGGGCUUCAGUGUGAAACGCCGCGUCACUGUUUAUGAUUAUAGCGACUCCAACAAGUUUUACUGCAGACUUCAACAAAAACAUCACAUGGUGGAGUCAGAGGUUAUCAUUAAUAGAACAGUCUUUGAUGCUUUGAAGCCUGAUGUCAGAAUUCCAAUCUUAGCAGUUUUUAUUAUUGUUGCAUUGAUGACUGUUAUAGUACUAAUAGUCAUCUGUCACAAGAAAGCCUCAGAGCUUCGGAAGGAGAAGAGAUACGCAGAGCUGCAGAGACAGAGAGUGGAAGAUGAGUUUAUAAAGAAGAGGUUGGCAAUUUUUAAAAACCCCCAGAAAAGCUGUGUGGAUGUGACUCUGGAUCCUGAUACAGCUCAUCCUGAACUCAUCCUGUCUGCUGAUGGAAAACAAGUGACACAUGGAGACGAGCGACAGCAUCUCCCUGAUACACCACAGAGGUUUAAUACAUGUGCUUGUGUUGUAGGACAUCAGAGUUUCUCCUCAGGGAGAUUUUAUUAUGAGGUCCAGGUCAGAGGGAAAACUGCGUGGACAUUAGGAGUCGCGAGAGAGAACAUUAACAGGAAGACGCGUAUUAAGGCAAAUCCCAACAAUGGAUUCUGGAUUGUUGAACUGAGGAAUGAGAAUGACUACCUGGCUCAUGAUGAUCUUGAUGUCCGCCUCACACUGAGAGAGAAGGUGGAGAAGGUGGGGGUGUUUGUGGAUUAUGAGGAGGGUCUGGUCUCCUUUUAUGAUGUGAAGUCCAGCUCUCAUAUCUACUCUUUCACUGCUCAGUCUUUCACUGAGAAACUCUAUCCUUACUUCAGUCCUUGUAAUAAUAAAGGAGGUAAAAAUUCAUCACCACUGAUCAUCACUGCUCUUAAUGAAUAAAUUUGUUUUAUAUCCCA